CUACUACAACAUCCAUCUCUGAACAUACACCAUAGCACUUAUACAGUUUCUAUUUACCAAGUCCUAGAAGGCAAACUCAAAGCCCAAAAGAUGAAUAUCCUCCAGUCAACCAUAUCGACUUGGCGAGACCGCCUCGCCCCGGUCUCUCGAACCUCCACCUUUCGUACCUCCGGGCAGAUCACGCCCGAAGAGUUCGUCCUCGCCGGCGACUACCUCGUCUACAAGUUCCCAUCUUGGUCAUGGGCAGAUGCCUCAUCACCGUCAAAGCGAGUCUCGUAUCUCCCCGCCGGAAAACAGUUCUUGGUGACGCGCGGGGUGCCUUGUCACCGGCGGUUGAACGAUAACUUUGCGGGCGAUGCGAAUUUUGAUGAUGAGGUCGUCCGGGAUUAUCUAUCUGGUGGAGCAGGGGAUGCAGAAGGCGGUGAUGAUGAUGGCUGGCUGCGGACAGGUGGUGGCGGAGAGCGUCAUGAGAGUACAAUCCGGGAUGUGAGGACGGUGGAUGAAUCGGGGAAGGAAGAAGCGGAGGAAGAGGAGGAGGAGAUCCCCGAUAUGGAAGAUGAUGAUGACGAGGAGGCUAUUAUCCGUGAGCCUGUAGGAAAGUCAAGUACGACGCAGCCAACUCGGACAUACAACCUCUACAUCACGUACGCCAACUUCUACCGGACUCCUCGUCUCUACCUUUCAGGAUACCUUUCUGCAUCUGAACCGCUCCCUCCACACCUCAUGAUGGAGGACAUAGUCGGUGACUACAAGGACAAAACCGUGACCCUUGAGGACUUCCCUUGGUUCGACGGAAAUAUGAAGAUGGCAAGCGUGCACCCCUGCCGCCACGCCUCAGUUAUGAAGACACUAUUAGACCGUGCCGAUGCAGCUCUGAAGCUUCGUCUCGAGAAGCUCAAGCAAGCGGCCGGGUCCUCUUCACCACAAGAGAAGGCCAAGCUCGCUCAGCCAGAGAGCGGGCUGGAAGGUCUUGUUGACGACAUCAAAGGACUCUCGUUGGCCGACGCUCAGAAACAGGGCGACAAGACCGCACAGACAGGUGGAGAGGAAUGGGAAGUUCUGCAGCAUGAUGACGAUGACCAGAUUGCGAUUCGCGUUGAUCAGUAUCUGGUCGUGUUCUUGAAGUUCAUUGCCAGUGUGACGCCGGGUAUCGAGCAUGAUUUCACCAUGGGAGCCUACUCACUUUCUGGAGUUCAUGACUUUAUAUUCUCAUUUCACUCGAUCUGGGCGUUACCGUCUCCGUGCUCUGGGUCCUGUUUGUUUCGAGCUCUCCGUGUCAUACAAUAUAGUGGUCAGUGGUGGCCUGAUCGGCAAACCGACUCAUUGUUGCCUCUUGCCGAGACCAAACACCAACCUUGUUAUGUUUCGUCACCAGAAUAUCAACUCCUACAUUUUAUCUCACCCUUCAAUUACUUCUCGCAAAUGACAACAAAGCCAUCGCCUUUCCUCCGCUUGCCACCAGAACUCCGCCUCCAGAUCUACGAGUACAUCCUCGACAUCCCAACUCCCUACACAAGCCUAACCGAGCACAAGAAACCCCUGAUAGUGAUUAACGACACCGGGAACAAAUUCACCAGCCGCUCAAUCUACCGCUCUCUUCAAUUCUCCCCCAAAUGGGUUGGGAUUCGCAAUGAUGACCUCUCCCUCCUCUCCGUCAACCGCCAAAUCCACGCGGAGGUCGAAAACUUUCUCUACACUUCUCACACCCUAUUCUUCCUCAACGGAUUCGACCUCGACAACCUAGGCGACUUCCUCGACACACUCAGUCCCACCGCUCGUCGGUGCACGCGGUCGAUCGGGUUCGAGGUGUAUCUAUUCGUCCAUAAUAGCAACACCUCCGGGAGCAUCCCGAAACGGAGUUUCCAGCAGUACGAGAGCGCCGCGAAGGUGAUGAGGGAGAGGCUGCCGAAUCUCAAGGGCGUGGUGUUUUAUAUGGAUCCCUGGUUUUCAGCCUGUUGUGACAAUGCAGUUUUUGGGCCUUGGUGUGAUGAGCGGAGCGUUUUGGCGCGGGGGGUGGGGUUUCUGGUCCGGGCUUUUGGGGGGGUUAAGGUGAAGGGGGAUUUGGAGGUGGAGAUGGACCUGGACUUCUUGCCGGCGACGAUGAGGUUACCUGGGCUUGAGAAGGGUGCUCAUGCAUAUGAUACUGGCCCAAAGAGCUUGGUUGGAGUCAGGUGA